ACCUCAACUUCAGGGCGAGAACCCAGGGAAAGAGUGGACUUAAAAUAAGAAAAUCCUGUGGAUUGUGGGCGAGUAACACCAUCUUAAGUUUGAAGCAACUUCCCAAUAACUUGUACUUGAGUACGUGGGAAUAGUGACAAUAAGUCAGAUGCUUGGAUACUACACCUCUACAAGAAACUUUAUCCAUAAACUACUGAACAUGACGUAGUCUUGUAAAUCAUUGCUCAUUACACCUGAGUUCAUGCUCACACAACCAAGAAUAUUUUUCAUUCAUUCACAACAACAAAGAUUAAAGCAGGAAUGCCGACUCUUCCGGCCUCUGCUGUUGGGGGCCUAUACUCCAGAAGGCGUCAGCAGGUCAGACGUGACCAUGACAAGAAUAUCAUGUCUGGGGUGGUCAGCAUUAUUGUAAUUGUUGUAGUGUGUGCCUGCCUAAGCCAACCUCAGUGGUUCUGGUUGGAUGGAGGAGGUUGUACCACACAUACUAUUGGCCUAUAUAUGUUUUUCCACCCGGGAGAGUUCCAAGCAACUGAAGGAACAACUUACAGCUCUUCAACUUCCCACCUAAUAUAUUAUGCAAAUGGCCACAAGCUGAAAUUUUGUGUGACUCCAGAAAUUGUAACCUUGAUGAGAGUUGUCAUUGGUCUUAUCUUUGUGAUGAUUUGUGCAUCGUUAAUUCAAAUGAUGCUCGACAUAACUGGCCCAACAGGCAGAAUCCUGAAGUGCGUCAGAAAAAAUGCGGUAGCUGGGAUUAUAUCAGUUUUGGUGUGUGUAGUGUGUGUUGGUGUAUGCUACUACAUUACUACCUUGAUAGAAACACAACAAGAGGCCACAAAGCCAGUGACUGGACCAGCAGCAUCUGCUAGAGUGCAGAUUAAACUAGACGUUGGGUUUUACCUUCUCAUAUUUGCAGGUGGCAUGUCUGUGAUGGCAGUGGGAUGCAGCUGGCUACGACCAGCACACAUUUUCCAGGAUGGAGAUGCAGCUCCCUUAGUAGAAGAGUGGGGUGGCCUGGAGGGCAUGGAGACCUUCUCUGUUCCUCCAGGUAGUUCACUAGGACCAUACCUGCCCUACCUACAUGAUAUGGAGCCGCCCCCGCCAGUUGAAGGGCACCCUCCUCCUCCAUAUACUCCAUAGUAAUUUCAUUCUAGAUUAGUAGCCAAAGGUUAAGGAUAUGUAUUAUUUAUAUUAUUUAUGCAUUAUGCAUCUUUAGAGAUAGCCAUAUUUCCAUAUAUUGAUAGAAUAUAUAUGUAUAUAUAUAUAUAGACUGAUAAAUGUCAUUAUAUUUUUUUUUAUUCAGGGUUGUGAUAUAUAAUUUUUUUAUGCAGGGUUGUGACUUUGUAUCACUCCUAGUUCUAAAAAUAUUGUCUAGUGUAAGUUACUCAAGCUUUCAAAUUUAUUGUAUCUCCACAAAUCACUAUGGUCUAAGGAGAGAAUAAUCAAGAUAAAGUUGCUUAUUCUUAUUAUUUUUAUUUUUAUCAUAAUAUAUUUAUUUAUUGAUGUUUUUUUGUUUUUUUUUUCAAAGCAGCAGGUACAUUGUCAUUGCAUCUGCUCCAUGUAAAGUAUGAUAGCAUGUGAGAAAAAAGAAAGAAAUCUCUUUGUAAAAGAGUAUUGAGCUAAUAGUUAUGUAAAUACACUGUCCAAAUUAGUUUUUUUUUCUAUUUUGUUUAUGCUUGCAAGGGUUUACUAGCAUUUAGUUACAAAAGAGUCAAUUGCUAUGCCUGCCUGACCUCACUUUUUUACCCAUUAGUUAAGAUUGGGGAUUUUUUUUUUAAUUCCUAAUACUAUUAUUGAUAGUAAUAGUAUCAUAAAAUCAGUAUUAUAGUAUUGGUAGCCUUGUUAAUUGACUCCUUGUUGACUAAGGAGGGAGCCAUCAGUGUGUAAAUAGAAUUGUUAAGAUGGAAUCAGUGGGCAGAGUAUGUGUACAUGGAUUCCCAUUGUCAGUUUGUUAGCUUUGUAAGGGCACUGGGCAGGUACAAAAAGGGAAAUUAUUAAGUCGUAUCGAUCAAUACCUAAAACUCAGUAUUUAGUUUUCAUUUAUAUGCUUUGUUCGCAUUUGCAAAAGAGCAAUAUGAAAUAAAACAAGUGAGUCACUAAAGUAAUAUGAUUACUUAGUGUAUAUCAAGCUUACACAGAGAUUUAUUUUAUUUUAUUUUAUUUAUUUAUUUAUUUAUUUUUAGGAAUACAGUAUUUUACUUUAGUAAUAUUUGUUUAGUAGCUCCAAUAAUAGUUGUUUCUUGAAUUGGAAGAAAGGCAAAAAAAUGAAUAACUAAAAAAUAAUAAAUAGAUAAAUAAAAUAAUCUGUUGUGUUUACUGUAUUAUUGUUUUGUGAAAUGUCUCUGCACAUAGAUGGCUCUGCAAGUGCUUAGCCACAAAGGAGUCAACAGUAGACCUUAUAACCUGACAUGAUUUUACCUUUCCUCGAGUUUGCAAGAAAAUUUUUCUUUUUGCUAAGGCUUUCAAUAUCAAUGCUGUUAUUUUUAUUAUAGACAUUAUAAUUAUUAUAGUGGUAUUGUUAUUACUAACAACAGUAUAAAAUACCAGAAAAUAUUUUUGAAAAUCAAAGAAAAGGGUAAACAGGCACUCGUAAUUGGCUCAUUGGAGACUUAGUACUUGUGGAACUUUCUAAGUGUUAAAACAUUAAAUGAAUUAAACUCACGGUAGGCAUGGCAUGUACAUACAUUCCAUCCCCAGUGGCUCUGGGCUAAGCCUCAGUGUUAUAGAAAUACCGGGCAAAUGAUAAUUCGUGCCAGAAAGAAUGCUAAAGAAUCAUGAUUAAAGAAUGUAAUAGUGGAAGUAACCUACACAGUCUUUAGGAAGCACAUAAAUUGCUGAAUGUAAAAUGUUCAACAGCAGAUAGCAACACCUUUGAUAACAAGAGUAGCUAGAGGGUAUUGUAUAAGUCACAAUUAUAUUGUACUUUGAAAGUGAUAUUUUCUGAAUGUUAAUAAAAGUGUGUGUAUGAA